AUGCCUUCGUCUCACAAAGAACGAGCGCUCAAGCCGGCCGAGGAUGGCCGGCCUUCCAAAUCAUCGGCCCUCAAAAAGCGGCAAGCCAGUGUCAGAAUCUCGGCCGCGUGCGAGGCGUGUAAGAAGAGGAAGACCAAAUGCACCGGAGGCCCGCCACCUUGCAUGCUGUGCGAGUCCUUGGGCACCGAAUGUGUGAUUGACCUGUCACUGGACAUGAGACGGCGCGCAGCUCUGCAGCGAACUCUGGAUGAGUCCAAGGUCUUUCAAGGCACUCUCAACAGCCUCCUGGAUGGCAUUCGCGGUGGUCCUUCCGCCCGUCUCGACGGCCUCUUCCAGUCCAUCCGAGCAGGAGCGAGCUCCAAUGACAUCGCCAACGCCGUCCAGUCUCCAUGGGAGGACCAUGAAGAUCAAGAGGCAGCUCGAGAAGUGACAUUAGGGGACAGUCCGGAAGAACCAUACCUAGUUGGGCCAAUACAUCAAUCGAAGCAAUACAAUAUCGCAGCUGGCAGGAACCUCACGCGGGAAGGGCUGCAGUCCCAGGACGCGGAGAUGCUCCGCAAUUCUUCUUCGAGGGCGAGAAAACUCAAAGAACGGGGAGGCUCGUCGGAGCUUGCAAGACUGCUGAUCGCCUUGAGAAACAGCAGCCUCGCAGACGGGGAAGAACUUUUGCGUCGGUUUCUCGCUCUGCAGUUCGAUGAGAUUGUCUUGUCGUUGUCUGGUCCAUCUUCCAGUGGCAUGAUUUCCUCAGAUGUUGUGAUACACCAUACCAUCCAACGCAGCACGGAAGAACGCUCGAAUUGGCACCCGGCCUUACAAGCUCGAUCGGAAAGCGACCCCAGUGAGCAAAGAACACAGGUCUCUUCUGCUACACAGCAGACACCGCAGACAAGUCCUGUGGCCACCAUGUCAGACCCCGUCUCCGCUGGCGGUCUACCAUCCUCGCAGACAUCGGCAACGCGCCAUGUCUCCACUACACCAACGAUGACCACCGACAUUCCCAUGGCUUCGCCCACCCUUGCACUCUCGCCCACUGUGCCAUACCUUGCGCCAACUUCAUAUCCACCAUCGUCAUGCGAUGCCAUGGGAAGCAGAGACUUAUGUGUGGCACAGGAAAACCAAUCAAUAAGGCUUCGGAUACCUGUGCAUCUGGUGCUGCCACUGACCGUUAACGACGACUCCUACAUGAGCCGGACAUACUCGCAUUAUCUACAGGCGGCCCAGCAGAUGCUGGACAAUGGAGUGCCCUUGUCAAGCGUCCUUGGCUCUGUGGAUAAGGUGCCUGUGGAUUUGUUCUUCCGGCCACGGUCAGCCAGUGACAAUUUUGAUUGCGCUUCGUGGGCGUGUGAGGUUAGCCGGAGCUAUGAAUAUGAUGUGUUCAUUCGACUUGCCUGUGUCUUCAUGCUCACAUCCAUGAUGCAGUGGCUUUUGGUCCCGACUCUUGAAAUGUAUCAAAGAGUACCGGACAUGAUGAAACCGACGCCAUCACAGUGUAUGAUUCCACACAUCGGGGCCAUCGAAACCAUUCCGCUUCCUCCUGUUCGAGACGCUGCUAUUCAUCUCCUGCGAGAUUGGCUCACCCCGCUCAUGCAGGCCCGGUGGAGUGUGAAUUGGCCGCAUGAUCUCGACGCUGCCAUCGAGCUGGAUCCGGUGACCGGAGCCAGAGUGCUGACUUCUCACUUCAUGGCGCAUGUAUCGGAGUAUGACAACUGGAGUGUCGGUCCCAGUUUCCUUGACGCCUUUCCCGAGGUUGCCGGACAGAUCAGGAUCCAUGAGCCAUGA